GAAUCGUCAGAAUCGUCAGAAUCCCCAGAAUCCCCAGAAUCGUCAGAAGAAUCGUCAGAAUCGUCAGAAUCGUCAGAAUCCCCACAAUCUCCAGAAUCGUCAGAAUCGUCAGAAUCGUCAGAAUCAGAAUCCCCAGAAUCCCCAGAAUCCCCAGAAUCGUCAGAGUCGUCAGAGUCGUCAGAGUCGUCAGAGCCGUCAGAGCCGUCAGAGCCGUCAGAGCCGUCAGAACCGUCAGAACCGUCAGAACCGUCAGAACCGUCAGAACCGUCAGAACCGUCAGAAUCGUCAGAAUCGUCAGAAUCCUUAGAAUCAAUCCCCAGAGUCGUCAGAGUCGUCAGAGCCGUCAGAAUCGUCAGAGCCGUCAGAGCCUCAGAAUCCCCAGAAUCGUCAGAAUCGUCAGAAUCGUCAGAAUCC